CUCCACAGAUGCUUCUUCCAAAUCCAAAAAAUCCCUUGCGGCCCGCCAAUUUUGCAGCGAAAACAAUGCUCGGGCGCCAAAUACCAUGGCGCCUACCUCCUCCAAACCCAAAUUAACAUCCACUAUUUAAUCUAAUCACCACGGGAAGGCAGCCGCCAGUUAGGGUAGUCUGCUAGAUGGCGAUCUCCUCGGCGGCCGCGGCCACAAUGGAGACGCGGCAACCAGCAGCCACGCCGUCGACCCCACGGUUCACGACGUCGUCGCCAGCGCUCACGAUGACGCCGCCAGCGAACACGAGGACGACGUCGACGAGACGCGGGGCCACGACGGCGCUUUUCGGCGGCGCAGGUAGGACGCCGACCCCAACUCUGUCCGACGACGGAGAGGACGGCAGUCAAGAUCGUAGUUCAUCAGGCCGAGCACUACCCGUCAGGCAACGUGGUAUUGGAUCCAUGAUACUUGAGCCGGACUCACAACGUCGGGAAAAUACUGAGACAUUGUCAGAAGAAACAGAAUCUUGGACAUUAUGUUUUCGUCUCAUAGGUGCACCAUCUGAAAAGGAUAUUUGUGAAAUCAGCAAAGUGAAGAAGGAUGAUGUCACGUUUGGAAACUUGUUAACAUUGAAAUCACGUUUAGGUUACAACAUGAGGGACUUCUUAUACUAUAAGAAACGAAGUGGUAAUAAUGUAGCAACACUUCAUGAAAUUGAAACAGAAUCUGAUUUAAGUGUAAUGAUGACAAACAAUGAUGAGGAGAGAAUACUCAGAUUAGUUUUGAGCAAGGAUAGAAUAACCGAGCGAAAUGUAUCCAUAACUCCCAUGAAGAAACCUCCGGGUACAACUGUUGAUGAGGACGAAUUCAUAACUGUGUCACUUGAUGACUACAAGGACUGGCUUGCAGAACUGCAUGCGGAGCGUAAAGGCCUUGAACUUCAAGAUACAUUCAGGAUAGAUACAAUCAAAGCAUAUAGCGAAUGGUUACGUCAUGAAGGACAACUUGAUGACAUCGAGGCAUAUGAGGAGCUUCAAGGCACUCUGUCAAGUCAAUCCAGCAAUCCAACACCACCAAGGCAGCGACCAAGUCACGCUCGUCGUGACAAAGAACUGGUCAACAAUUGGCAAUCUGGCAGUGGAAAGAGGAAGUUUAAAGGACGUGGGCACCUCAAAGGUUACAAAAGUGCUCGACAGGGCACCACAAAAUUGGAUGUUGAAUUCUCUAGAAUGCAAGGACCUGUAGGUGGUAAUCGACGGUCUUUUGUUGAUGAAGUGGUACUGUUUACAAGGAGAAAGGCUCCACUAAUUGGAGUGAGAUGGUGGAAAAACAUUGAUGAUGAAGUUAAGGAGGAUAUAGCAGAUGCAGUAAUGAAAAAGUGGGACCUUGCGAAUACUUUGGAGAACAAGAAAAAGAUAUGGGCCAUUGCAAAUGAGCGCUAUAGAGGAUGGCGAUCAACAUUUAGUUCAACAUGCAAGGCUUAUGACACUUAUGAUGAGAGAAUGAGACAUAAGCCUGAAGAACUAAACAUUGUUGAAUGGCACUAUCUAGUGUUGUAUUUUACCAGCGUGGAAUUCCAGGAACGUAGCAACCAGAAUUCUCAAAACCGUUCGUGUGUCCAAGCAGUGCAUAGUGUGUGA